AUGGCGUUGUUGGAGAUCUAUUUCCUGAUCAUGCUGUUUCGUUCUAUUGAAAUCUUGAUAGUCAAGGAAUUACAGUUACUGGAGGGGAAUGAAGCAACGAUAUCUGCAGCAUCUAUAUUGACUACUUCAUCCAUGGCUUCAAAAAGAGACAACUGCUCCUGCUUCCAACGAAAUGUAGCCAGUAUUGCUAGCCCAUUGUAUAAUUUUACUGCAAAAGAAGUUCUAUGGAACUGUUCAGUAAAAUGUCAUGAAACUUUUGACAAGAUUAAGACUGAAAUAACUAAAGAAACUUUUCUAGUACACUACAAUAAAGAUUUGCCUGUAAAACUAGUGUGUGAUGCAUCGCAAGUAGGGUUAGGUGCAGUAUUAGCUCACAUUAUGGAAGAUGGUACUGAAAGACCCAUUGCUUUUGCAUCAAGACUACUGAAUAAGGCAGAACAGAGAUAUUCUCAGAUUGAGAAAGAGGGAUUAGCUUUGGUUUAUGGUGUUAAAAAGUUCCACAUGUACCUCUAUGGCAGAACGACCUUUACAUUAGUAACGGAUCACAAGCCACUAUUAGCCAUUUUAGGACCAAAGAAGAGUCUGCCGGAAUUUGUAGCAGCUCGUUUACACAGAUGGUCAAUAACCCUAGCUGCCUAUAACUAUGGCAUAGAGUAUAGGUCAACAGCCAAGAUGGGGAAUGCAUGUGCUCUGUCGAGACUGCCAGUCGAUCAGGCUUCCAGUGAGGAAUCAUCGAGCAUUUUGUUGUGUUUGCCACUAAAUAAUAAUGAUGUAUUGUCGGAGCAGCAAUACAAGCCAUUUACAGACGUGUGGUCAGAGUUGUCAGUUGUACAGGAUUGUAUAUUGAGAAAAACCAGGGUAAUAAUUCCGGACCGUUUGAAAGGCAGAGUUCUUGCGGAGUUACAUGCCGAACACCAAGGUAUUGUACUCACAAAGGCAAUUGCUCGUACUUUUGUGUGGUGGCCUGGUAUUGACAAUGACAUUACGACUCAUGUAAGAAAUUGUGAGGGAUGUGCAUUCCAGCAGAACAAUCCAGCUCCAUGUAAGACACACCCUUGGGAGACACCGAGUACUUCAUGGCAGAGAGUACACAUUGACUUUGCAGGUCCUUUUCGAGGUCACACUUUCUUGAUUGUAGUUGACUCAUUUAGUAAGUGGCCUGAAGUUAUACCAAUGAUCUCUACAACUGCAUAUAGCACCGUGAGAGUGCUAAUGUCCCUAUUUGCAACACAUGGUAUUCCUGAACAAAUUGUGUUGGAUAACGGACCUCAGUUUGUUUCAAGUGAGUUUGAUAGUUUUUGUAAGGGAAACAACAUCAAACACAUUCGUAAUGCUCCAUAUCACUCUGCAACGAAUGGUGAGACAGAAAGAUUUGUACAGACGUUCAAGUCUAACAUGAAAUGUAGAGGCAGUCGCAGAUCUGGUCUCACCGCUAACAUAAACAGGUUCCUACUAUCACAUAGAACCACUCCUCAUGCAACCACAGGUUGUUCACCUUCAUUUCUGUUGAUGGGGAAGAGGGUGAGAUGUAGGUUAGUUGCAAUGACACCAAAAUUGGCUGUAGAACAAACAAGUAAAACCGAGAGUGUGAGGGACUAUAGAGAAUUUAACAUUGGAGAUAAAGUACUGAUAAGAUCAUAUACUUCUUCAGAAGAAAAAUGGUUUGAAGGACAAGUAGUACAAAAGCUAGGUAAAUUGCAUUACAUGCAAGAUCAAUCAAUACAACAGGAAAAGAAGGAAGUUAAAGUAGCCCAGGAGAAUAUGCCUUCUGAUAUACCUAAAAAGAAAGACUACCACGAAGGUCUACCAGAAAUAAACUUCCGGCUAGAUAUGUUGACAAUUAUAUCCUUACGGGAAAAUUUAACACAAAAGGAAAGGAGAACUCACUCAAAGUAUAUCUUGUCCACGUGGCAGCUGUCCUGGGAGAUCAUGCCGGACGCGAGGUCGACCUCUGUGUAG